UCACGUGGACAGGAACACUUUCAAUCUAGCAUGUAGGGCUCUUAUCGACACAAUGGUGUCCGGCUAUUGUCACAUAAAACUGUAUAAAUUGAAGCCGUACUAGCAUCACAGUUCAUUUUCGAAUGAGCGCGAGACAAGAAACUUGUGUUUUAAGAGACUUGCGGAGAUUGGACAAUGCUAUUCUACGCUGCCGUUUUAUUCUGGAUUGCUUCAAGCAUCUCCAACAGUGAGCAGUCAAAAACAGUUGGGGUAAGACUGAACGGAAAAAUCUUGGCUGUUGGUACUGACAAUUACCUUUGGAUGAGAAGAGGGACAGCCAAAAGCUUUCAAUGGAUUAGAGUUCCUGGUAGUUGCUGCGUAACGCAGAUUCAUAUCCUAAGCAACGGACAUAUACUUGCAGUUGGAACAAACAGGCAUCUCUACAUAAAGAAGUCUUUAAAUGGAAAAUGGCACCAUGUACCUAGCUCUUGCUGUGUGAAAGAUGUGACAACAUUCAAGACUAAGAUGUGCAGUAGAGAGGUCAUUGUUGGAGUUGGUAUGAAUGGCCGGCUUUAUUCCAAGAAAACUUUGAAUAGUCGCUGGGUAGGACCAUACGCCUAUUCUGGAACAGUGAAGGCAGUGGCAGGGGUAUCAGGUCAAAUCUACGGAAUCGGAAUGAACAAUUAUAUAUACAAGAGACCAGGCCUAAAGGGUCGAUGGAAAAUAAUUCCUGGUUCUUGCUGCGUCAAAGACAUCUUUGUCCGGGAUGAUAUAUAUACGCAUCUGACUUAUGCCGUCGGGACAGACAACAGGCUCUACACAACUGCAUUAAAAGAUGCCAAGAAAGUCAUCUGGAAGUUCCGAGGAAAACACACAUGUUGCAUAAAAUCUGUACAUGUUAAAGAAAGACCAGUUAACGUCAAGGUGUUGGCAGUUAACAACAAAAAUAGACUAGUCUUCAAGGAGUCGCUCAACUCAGGAUGGUACACUGUUUCUGACAUCAAAAAACUAACAAAGAUUGUUGUUCUAAGAAAUGGAAACCUUCUCGGUAUUGGAUUCGAUCGCAAAAUGUAUAUCAAAUCUUCAAUAGACAGCUCCUCUUGGCGUCAAGUCCCUCGUUCGUGUUGCGUGAAGUCGGUAGCACAGCUUCUGGAUGGGCGCAUCAUCGGUGUAGGAAUGAGAAACAAGCUUUGGAUAAAAAUUGGUUUAAAUGGCAGAUGGAUUCCUCUUUCAAGGAGAGGCUCGGUCACCAGUAUUACGGUGGAUAACUACGACAGGAUAAUUGGUAUUGGUAUGAACAGGAGGUUGUAUGUCAAGCGUUGCUUUGACCCAGACUGGAAAGGACCAUUGAAAUAUAGUGGAGGGACAACUGACAUAUCCUUUGGGAAAGAUGGACAUCUUUAUGCGGUUGGCGUGAACAAGAGAAUAUACAGGAAAGUUGGCAAAUCUCUCACAUCUGUCUGGAGACUUCUCUCGCGUCACAACUGUUGUGUUAAAAGCAUUGCUGUCAACUAGUUGCAUUGAUGCAAUGUGUUAAGUGUUGACUGAGUUGUUACUUUAUUUCUACUUGAGCUCAGGAACAAUAUCAACAAUUACUUUUUAUUUAGUUUUGGGUUUUUCUUUUAUAUCAAAAUGCUUUGCAAAAUUA